AUGGCUCCAGCAGCUUCGUUGGACAAUUUAUCAAACCCUCUUGUGACUUCUGCUCAACUGGCGACCUCAUCCUCUUCCCUCGACGCCAUUCCUGCGGAUUUGGAGACAUCCAUUCGUUAUGCUGCUGUUCGACUUACACAAGCUGCUGGAGUCCUUUUGCAGCUUCCGCAGGAUGUGAUCGCCAAAGCUAUUGUGAUUUUCACGAGAUUCUGGGUUGGCCCUGAAGGAGGAAGCCUGGCUGUUCACUCUGCAAAGGAUGCAUCUGCUGCAUCGCUCUAUCUUGUGGCCAAACUUUCCUUUACGCCAAUUUCUCCACGCUCAGUCAUCAAUGUUUACGCGUUUCUUCUCUCCCCAGAAGCUUCGCCACUGGAUUUUAUCAACCGGCAAAACUCCUCCGGAAAGCCGAUUCCGGAAACCUAUUACGUUUCGGAAGGGAGCUACCAGGCAGGGCGACUAGCUUUAAUGAAUAUGGAGGCUACCGUUCUGCGCACUCUCGCCUUCAACACACAUGUCACUCUGCCCCAUACUAUUGCGCUUACCUAUCUACAGACCCUUGGAACGUCCUCCGCCGCACUAUCAAGGAGAGUCUUUGAACAUUUAAAUGCAGCGUUACUCUCCCCACAGCUACUAUAUUCAACACACCAGCCAAAUGCACUGGCGGUUUCCGCUAUCUACCUUGCAGCUAGGGAGGAGGGCGUGAAACUCGUGGAUGAUGAAUGGUGGGAAGUCUUCGACGUAGAUAGGGAAGAGUUGGGCUUUCUGGUUGUUGGGAUGAGGAGUAUGGAGGGUUUUGCAAAGGCUGAAAAAGACAAAUGGAAGGGCCGGCCCGUGCCACUUACCAUUGACCAGCUGGAGGCGGAGCUGGAGACGAGGAGGAUGCUGGAAGAAGGGGAAUGA